AUGGGUCUUAACUUGGAGGAUAUCUAUGGCAAAGAUCUAAGUGAAGAACAGGCUCCGCAGGAGUAUUCGGAGUACCAGCCCAAGCAAGGCUAUGGCUGGGCCAAUGCUUUGCCGGAGCGACAAGGUCUGUAUGACCCUGAAUACGAAAAGGAUGCCUGUGGUGUCGGAUUUGCGGCCCACAUCAAGGGCAAGCCAAGCCACAAGAUCGUGAGUGAUGCUCGCAAUCUGCUGUGCAACAUGACCCACCGUGGAGCCGUUGGCUCCGACGCGCGAGACGGUGACGGUGCUGGUGUGAUGACCAGUAUCCCCCAUAAGUUCUUCGAGAAGAAUUUCGCCAGAGAAGUGGGCGUAGAGCUGCCGCCACUGGGUCAGUAUGCGGUGGGCAAUCUGUUCUUCAAGCCCGACGAGGAGGCGCUAAAGCAAUCCAUUGCGAGCUUCGAGGAACUGGCCACAUCGCUAGGUCUGCGUGUCUUGGGAUGGCGCGAGGUUCCACGCGACUCGACCAUUCUGGGUCCAGCAGCAUUGUCGCGAGAGCCAAUCAUUAUGCAGCCAUUCGUGGUGCUCAAGUCUGCGUACGGCGAGGGUAACAAGCCUGAAAUCACUGACACCGACAAGUUUGACGAGCGAACCUUCGAAUUACAGCUGUACGUUCUGCGCAAGCGGGCCACACACGUUAUUGGCCUCGGCAACUGGUUCUAUCUGUGCUCCCUGAGCAACCGAAAUAUCGUCUAUAAGGGUCAGCUUUCUCCAGUCCAAGUAUACCAGUACUACCAUGAUCUGGUUAAUGUGGACUACGAGGGCCAUUUCGCCCUCGUCCACUCUCGAUUCUCCACCAACACAUUUCCCUCCUGGGACCGUGCUCAACCUUUGCGGUGGGCAGCUCACAAUGGUGAAAUCAACACAUUGCGAGGAAAUAAGAAUUGGAUGCGCGCCCGUGAGGGUGUCCUCAGGUCUGAGGUUUUCGGCGAGGAGCUGGACCAACUGUACCCUAUUGUUGAGGAGGGUGGCUCGGACUCUGCUGCCUUUGAUAACGUGCUUGAAUUGCUGAUGAUUAACGGUGUCCUGUCUCUGCCCGAGGCAGUGAUGCUUAUGGUUCCCGAGGCCUGGCAGGACAACCCUGCCAUGGACCCAUCCAAGGCGGCUUUCUACGAAUGGGCCGCCUGCCAGAUGGAGCCCUGGGAUGGCCCGGCUCUGUUUACAUUUUCUGAUGGUCGUUACUGCGGUGCGAACCUGGACCGUAAUGGUUUGCGCCCGUGUCGUUUCUACGUUAUGGAUGAUGAUCGAAUUGUCUGCGCUUCCGAAGUUGGUGCUAUCGAUAUUGACCCCGAGCGUGUGAUUCAGAAGGGUCGUCUCCAGCCUGGAAAGAUGCUGUUGGUCGACACCGUCGCUGGACGCAUCAUCGAUGAUGCUGAAUUGAAGCAAACUGUCGCGCACCGUGCGGACUUCCGCAGCUGGCUCGACAAAGAACUUCUGAGUCUGCCUGCUAUUAACAAGCUGCUAGAGGGGAGCAAUGUGGACCUCUCUUUCACUCUAAACGAAGACACAGUUCAGAAUGAUCCCCGUCUCCGGGCCUUCGGUUACUCUUUCGAGCAAGUCAGCCUUUUGCUUGGCCCCAUGGGAGCGGACUCCAAGGAAGCUCUAGGUUCCAUGGGUAAUGAUGCUCCCUUGGCUUGUAUUGCUCAGCAGCCUCGUCUGCUUUAUGAGUACUUUCGUCAACUCUUCGCUCAGGUCACCAACCCCCCUAUUGACCCCAUCCGUGAGGCCGUUGUCAUGUCGCUGGAGUGCUACGUCGGCCCUCAGGGUAACCUUCUAGAGAUGGACCCCUCGCAGUGUCACCGACUGAUGCUGCCGUCUCCCAUUCUGAGCAUCCCCGAGUUCAAUGCGCUCAAGAACAUCAACCAUGCCCACAGCGAUUGGACUGUGCGCACUAUUGAUAUUACGUUUGAGAAGAAGAAGGGCUCUGCUGGCUAUAUCGAGGCGCUGGAUGCCAUCUGUGAUGCCACUACCGAGGCCAUUCAGAAUGGUGACAAGGUCAUCAUUCUCUCUGACCGUGCGACUUCCGCUGAUCGCGUUCCUGUCUCUGCUCUGCUGGCCACUGGCCUGGUCCACCACCACCUUGUCCGCAAUAAGUGGCGUUCUCUGGCUGCCCUGGCUGUCGAGACUGCUGAAGCCCGUGAGGUGCACCACCACUGUGUUCUCCUGGGCUACGGUGCCGAUGCUAUCAAUCCUUAUCUUGCCAUGGAGUGCAUUCUUAAGAUGAACCGAGAGAAUCUGAUUCGCAAGGACCUCAGCGACGAGAAGGUCAUUGAAAACUACAAAGCCUCUUGCGAUGGUGGUAUUCUCAAGGUCAUGAGUAAGAUGGGUAUCUCCACCCUGCAGUCUUACAAGGGUGCCCAGAUUUUUGAGGCCCUCGGUAUUGACGACAGCGUCAUUGAUCGUUGUUUUGCCGGCACUGCCAGUCGUAUUCGCGGUAUCACUUUCGAGCUGAUCGCCCAAGACGCCUUUGCUUUCCACGAGCGUGGCUACCCAUCUAGCUCCAUCGUCGAAAUUCCCGGUCUGCCCGAAUCUGGCGAGUACCACUGGCGUGAUGGGGGCGAGCCUCACAUCAAUGACCCCGUCAGCAUUGCUAACAUCCAGGAUGCUGUCCGCACCAAGAACGACAAGUCCUACGAGGCCUAUGCCAAGGCUGAGCAUGAACAAAUCAAGAACUGCACCUUACGUGGUAUGCUUGAAUUCGACUUUGACCAGCGUACCCCAAUUCCCAUUGAUCAAGUUGAGCCCUGGACGGAGAUUGUUCGCCGCUUCGUCACUGGUGCUAUGUCCUACGGUUCCAUUUCCAUGGAGUCCCACUCGACUCUGGCCAUUGCUAUGAACCGCCUGGGUGGCAAGUCCAACACUGGCGAAGGUGGUGAAGACCCUGAACGCAGCAACCGCAUGGACAACGGCGACACCAUGCGCUCUGCCAUCAAGCAGAUUGCCUCUGGUCGCUUUGGUGUGACCUCACACUACCUGGCUGAUGCCGACGAACUGCAGAUCAAGAUGGCCCAGGGAGCUAAGCCCGGCGAGGGUGGUGAACUUCCCGGACACAAAGUCGUGGGCCCUAUCGCCCGUACCCGCCACUCUACCCCGGGUGUCGGUUUGAUCUCCCCGCCUCCACAUCACGACAUCUACUCUAUUGAGGAUCUGAAGCAACUUAUCUACGAUCUCAAGUGCUCCAACCCUCGCGCCCGUAUCUCCGUUAAGCUUGUGUCUGAGGUUGGUGUCGGUAUCGUUGCCUCCGGUGUCGCCAAGGCCAAGGCUGACCACAUCUUGAUCUCCGGCCAUGAUGGUGGCACCGGAGCCUCGCGCUGGACUGGUAUCAAGUAUGCCGGUCUUCCUUGGGAACUUGGUCUUGCGGAGACUCACCAGACUCUUGUUCUUAAUGACCUCCGUGGCCGUGUUGUGGUGCAGACUGAUGGUCAAAUUCGUACCGGCCGUGAUCUGGCCGUGGCCUGUCUGCUUGGUGCCGAAGAAUAUGGCUUCGCAACAACUCCUUUGAUCGCACUAGGUUGCAUUCUCAUGCGGAAAUGUCAUCUCAACACUUGCCCCGUCGGAAUUGCUACUCAGGAUCCUGAGCUGCGGAAGAAGUUCAAUGGUACUCCAGAGAAUGUUAUCAACUUCUUCUACUAUGUUGCCAACGAGAUGCGUGCAAUCAUGGCGAAGCUUGGUAUUCGAACUGUCAACGAAAUGGUUGGACGUGCUGAGCUGCUCAAGGUUCGCGAGGAUAUUCGCAAUGCCAAGCAGGAGCGCAUUGAUUUGUCGCUUAUCCUGACCCCUGCCCACUCGCUUCGUCCUGGUGUUGCUACCUACAAUGUUCGCAAGCAGGACCACCGCCUUCACACGCGUCUUGACAACAAGCUGAUCUUCGAGUCCGAGCUUGCUCUGGAGAAGGGUCUCCCUUGCCGCAUUGAGUGUGACGUCGUCAACACUGAUCGUGGUCUUGGUGCUACCCUCUCGUACCAGAUCAGCCGACGCUAUGGCGAGGCUGGUCUUCCGCAAGACACAAUCCAUGCUAACAUCAAGGGUUCUGCUGGUCAGUCUUUCGGUGCCUAUCUUGCUCCUGGUGUCACUUUGGAACUUGAGGGUGAUGCCAACGACUAUGUUGGUAAGGGCCUAUCUGGCGGCCGUCUUAUUGUCUACCCUCCUCGUGGCGCUGCUUUUAGGGCCGAGGAGAACGUCAUUGUCGGCAACACCUGUCUUUAUGGUGCUACUCGUGGUACUUGCUACUUCCGUGGUGUCGCGGCCGAGCGUUUCGCCGUGCGUAACUCCGGUGCCACUGCGGUUGUUGAAGGCGUGGGUGACCACGGUUGCGAAUACAUGACUGGCGGUCGUGUCCUCAUUCUGGGCCCCACUGGCCGUAACUUUGCUGCCGGUAUGUCUGGUGGUAUUGCUUAUGUGCUAGACAUGAACGAGGACUUCCACUCCAAGAUUAACAUGGAGAUGGUUGAGGUCUCUGCUAUCGAAGAUGUCACUGAGAUCGCGUUUGUUCGUGGCUUAAUUGAGGACCACCACCACUACACUGGUUCUGAGCUGGCUGCUCGUAUCUUGCUCGACUUCAACCGUGCUCUUCCCCACUUUGUCAAGGUUCUGCCCACUGACUACAAGCGGGUAAUGGAGGAAGAAGCCGCCAAGGCAGCUGCCGCGAGGAAGGCUGAGUUUACUCUCCCUAAGCUUCCCUCUACCCCAGUACCUGCCGACAGCCCCAGACCUCAGGUUGAGGAGAAGAAGGCCGAUUUAUUGGAUAUUGAGGACAGCAUCAGCGAUCAGAAGACCGAGAAGAAGCGAUCUGCCCUGAUCCUGGACAAGACACGCGGUUUCAUGAAGUACAGCCGUCGCAGCGAGAAGUAUCGCAACCCCACCACUCGUACUCGUGACUGGGCCGAACUGUCCAACCGCCUCAGCGAGGAUGAACUCAAAUACCAAUCCGCUCGUUGCAUGGACUGCGGUGUUCCUUUCUGCCAAUCUGACACUGGCUGUCCCAUCUCUAACAUCAUUCCUAAGUGGAACGAAUUGGUGUUCGCUGGGCAGUGGCAGGACGCUCUCAACCGUCUGCUCAUGACCAACAACUUCCCGGAGUUCACUGGCCGUGUCUGCCCCGCCCCUUGCGAGGGCGCUUGUGUUCUGGGUAUCAAUGAAGAUCCCGUUGGUAUUAAGUCCAUUGAGUGUGCUAUUAUCGACCGCGGCUUUGAGAUGGGCUGGAUGGUUCCUCGUCCUCCCAAGACUCGCACCGGUAAGACCGUUGCGAUUAUUGGUUCUGGUCCUGCUGGCAUGGCAGCUGCCGACCAGCUCAACCGUGCUGGUCACUCCGUGACUGUCUACGAGCGUGCUGAUCGCAUUGGUGGUCUUCUCAUGUAUGGUAUUCCGAACAUGAAGCUUGACAAGAAGGUUGUCCAGCGUCGUGUGGACCUCAUGGCUGCCGAGGGUAUCAAGUUCGUCACUAGCACUGCCGUCGGUCCUGAUUGCGAGGUGUCUCUCCAGUCUCUUCGCUCCACUAACGAUGCCGUGAUCAUUGCCACCGGUGCCACCGUUGCUCGUGACCUUAAGGUCACUGGUCGCGAGCUGGACGGCGUGCAUUUCGCCAUGCAAUUCCUGCACAAGAAUACAAAGUCUCUUCUGGACUCUGAGCUUGCUGAUGGUGAGUACAUCUCUGCCAAGGACAAACAUGUUGUUGUCAUUGGUGGUGGCGAUACCGGUAACGACUGCAUUGGUACCUCUGUCCGCCACGGUGCCAAGUCUGUCACCAACUUCGAGCUCCUCCCGCAGCCUCCCCCAGAGCGUGCCCGUGACAACCCCUGGCCCCAGUGGCCUCGUAUCUACCGCAUUGACUACGGUCACUCCGAGGUGAAGACCCACAUGGGCAAGGAUCCCCGUGAGUACUGUGUCAUGUCGACCGAGUUCGUUGACGAUGGUAGCGGCCGCGUCAAGGGUAUCAACACUGUUCGUGUUGAGUGGACCAAGAGCGCUACUGGUGGCUGGGACAUGAAGACCGUCGAGGGCAGCGAGCAGUUCUUCCCUGCUGACCUGGUCCUUUUGUCUAUGGGUUUCCUCGGCCCUGAGGACCGCCUUCUCGGCGAUGAAAUCGAGCGUGACCAGCGCAAGAACGUUAAGACUCCUCCUGGUCACUACUCCACCAACAUCCCCGGUGUGUAUGCCGCGGGUGACUGCCGACGUGGACAGUCUCUGAUUGUCUGGGGUAUCAAUGAGGGUCGCCAAGCUGCUCGUGAGGUUGACUCUUUCCUCACUGGCGUCAGCUCCCAGCUCCCUGUGACCGGUGGCAUUGUCCGUCGCCCAGCCAUUGACGCCGUCCCCCAGCCUGCGGAGACUCAAGUCAUUGCCUAA